AUGAUGCGCAACCGUCGUUUCCCACCAUGUCUGCCCUGUCGGACCCGAAAGCUCGCAUGCGACCGCUCGCAGCCCAUCUGCAAUAGAUGUCAGAGAGCACGAGGUAAAAUCAAUUGCGUCUAUUCUGACCCAGCCUCGUCCCCUGCGGCCACGGCGGCUUCUGCCCCGAAACGGCUCUCGGAUACUAGGAAUGCGGACAGCCCCCGGACGGUCCUGCCAAAGCCAGCGAGCGGUGGUGCGUCGGGCAUUGGUUAUCUUGGCUAUACAAGCCACAGCAGUGUGUUGGAGGAGACGCAGCGUAAUCUAUUUGGUGCCAAUGGCAUCCGGUCUUCGUCGAGUCCUAGGGGUGAGGCGGCAGGGAGAUGGCAGCCACAGUUCGCCCUGGAGGAUAUUCGAUCGCCGUUGCAAGAGUCGGCGCUGUACGUGCUUCGCUGCUUGCGCGACCACAUUGAUGAGCAUGCACAUCUUCAGCUACCCUCAAGGGAUCGGGAGCCCAAGGGCUGGACUGCUAUUGCCAUUGACCGAAUCUUAACUUCACUGCAGGUGGCGUUCAAAGGGCACUUUCGGGGGAGCGAGUCCGGAUUGCGCAUUUUGGCUGCAACUCUCUGCAACAACACUACGCAGCCGAUCACCGAUGAGCACUGUGCUUCCCGAUGGAUCGACCAGUUCUGCGGCGACAACCUGCGAUGGGAAUCGAUGGGCCUCUUGUGGGCUGCCGGUGAACAUGUAUCGGAUGAUGUCGAGUCGCUGCGCAGUAAUCGGCUGGAUUUGGUUGCUGGAAGACGAUGCUCCGAAACAGCUCGCGCGUGCUUAGCUUAUUGCAUCGAGCUGGCUCGCGCGUUUACGGAGGGCAACGAUCUCCUGUUAGAUCUUUGUCGACGAAAGUCGGUUCUGGAUUCCAUCCUGGAUGGUGAUUCUGGAAUCUCCAGCUACGUCUCGCAUAGCCUGGCAGUCACCAUGUUGACGUAUCUGGGCCGCCAUGUGCUCGAGGAUCAGCCUUCAUAUCGAGCAUCUUUCUGUUCGGAAAGUCAGCGGCGACUGGCGGCCCAGAUCUUCACGACAGAUAAGUUUGGGGUUGCGUUCACUGGCCGGCCGCCUCUUUUGCCUCUCGCAUUUUUCUCCACGCCACCGCCCCUUGAUCUGAGAGAUGAAGACUUGGCCUCGGAUGAGACUACUCUCAUGCAAGCGGUCGAGUUGUUGGAUGACCGUGGAUGGAAACUUUCGGGUGAUGUCUAUCCAGCUACUCUUAUUCGAGCACGAUAUACCAUUGCGGUCAUUCGGGAUGAACUCUUGUGUAUGGCGCUGCACAAACAUAGGCCUGUUGAUAUUGAACAACUUCGGGUCCUCAAGGACCGGCAAAUUACCGCCACGUCCAGCCUACCGCCAGGCUUGAUAUAUCGUGCGGAUGAUUUGAACGAUCCGGUCUUCUCUCCCGAAAAGCUCUACUUCAAGAUCAUCGUUCAACUCGAUCAUCUCAAGAACAUCUUCUUCGCGGAACGACUACUCCACUGCUACGGCCAGCUAGAAUCCUUCGACUUAAUACUCGCGAGCUUUGAUCUCGUCCGCUUGACCAUCGAGCUUUGGAAGCGUCGAGACGCAUUCAACAGCCCCUUCAUACUACGCGAUUAUGAAUGGAUGCUCCUGGAAUACGGCGCCCCGGGAGGAGGCAUCUUGUGCCAGGAACUACUCCAGUCGACCUAUUCCAGGCCGCGUCCUAAGGAUCCUAGAUUAACGAACUCGGCCAUCGUGCAGCAGCUCAGCUUGUUAGUUGCUUUCUUCGAAUGGGUACCCCGAGAGGCACCGAAUAGCGAGUCGUGCGCCAACUUUAAACGUAUCAUUGAGUGGGUCUUGGAUCACCAUCUCAACGCCCCGGCUGAUGCAAAUGGAGAUGCAGCGUUUAUUGACUUCAACUGGGGAUCGACGUCACCCUUCAGCUUUGGGCUGGACUUGCAGAAUACUUUUGAUUGGCUGGGUCAGGAUGCAUUAUAG